UAAAAAGUGCCUCUCACAAACACACGUACUGAUCGAAACCAACAGGAAGACACCAACUAUAUAAUACCCUCCUACCAGUGAGCUGUUGAUAGCAUUUCCGACCUCCAUUACUUCCAUUCUUCUCCUGUCCAUCUUUCUUCCAACUGCUCUGCUUUAGUUACUACCUUCUUUCGACCCCAAGGAAAGGAGAGAAAAAGUGACGGGGCGUAUUAAAGCCAUAGCCAUAGCAAGCAAGAAAGAAGAAAGAGAAGUGGUCAAAUAUGAAGAUGGGAAAGGAUGAUGAUUUAGGGCUGAGCCUCAGCCUGAGCUCCUCCUCCUCCUCCCCCCCCAAUAAUCACUUGCCUCUGCAGCUCAACCUCAUGAUUCCUUCCUCGUCUUCUGCUUCCUCCCCGUCACCACCUCUUCCUUGCCAUCAGAAGACCCAGUGGCGUGAUCUCCUUGUCCACUCAGAGAUCAGACGGGUGUUGGACGUGUGUGGGGCAGCAGCGGACCCACGGCCGCGGCCCCUUCACCGAGGAAUCGACGUGAAUCAGGAGCCGCCGGGUGCCGCAGAGAGGGACAGCGAGGAGGACGCUGGGGCGUCGUCACCCAACAGCACGCUCUCCAGCGCGAGCGGCAAGCGGGCGGAGCGGGGCCACCACCUGGGCGUCGACGAGCACGACACCGACCGGGACUGCUCGCGCGGGAUCAGCGACGAGGAGGACGGCGAGGGCUCCCGCAAGAAGCUCCGUCUCUCCAAGGACCAGGCCGCCAUUCUCGAAGAGAGCUUCAAAGAACACAACACCCUGAACCCCAAGCAAAAGCUGGCGUUGGCCAAGCGGCUCAACCUGAGGCCAAGACAAGUGGAAGUGUGGUUCCAAAACCGCAGAGCAAGGACAAGGUUGAAGCAGACAGAGGUGGACUGCGAAUUCCUCAAAAGGUGCUGCGAGACCCUCACAGAAGAGAACAGGAGGCUGCAGAAGGAAGUGCAAGAGCUGAGAGCUCUGAAGGUGUCGCCUCGGCUCUACAUGCAAAUGACUCCGCCCACCACCCUCACCAUGUGCCCUUCCUGCGAGCGCGUUUCCAACGCCGCCACCACCACCACCGCCUCCACCCCCACGCCCGAGACCAACACGCCACAUCCGAUGUCGCAGCACCAUCAGUUCAUCCAUCAUCGGCCGUUCCCAGCUCCGUGGGCGCCGAUCCCACUCCGGCCCUGUCUCAAGACUCCUCCGCAGCGCUCUUAACUGAGUACACAUGGAUUAGAGCUUAAGUUAAUCAGUAAGGGAAGAAUAGUUGUCGUCAGCGGAUGAUGGAUGACGCAGUUGUGGGAUAUGGUGGAAGGGAGAAUCCUAUUAGCUAUUUAUUUUUUUACAGCUAUCAAUCCUCAACUUUCCUCCGCUCCACUCAAAAACUGGUUCUGUGAUGGAUUUGGUUCGAGCAACUUCAUCUUUAUUUUAUUUAAUUCUUCUGGUAAGUCCCAAGUGUUCCACGUAAAUAUGUUUAGUGGAUGUUCCUUCUUUUCUCCGUUCUAUUUAACUGCAGUUCUUCUUCC